AUGAUCUUGCUAGAAGAUAAGUGCGGCAAAAUUCAGGCCACUGUUAGAAAGAAUUUGAUUCCUACAUUUAAGGAGCAGAUUGAAGUAGGUUCAUCAUAUAUGUUUGAAAAUCUUAUGGUAGGUAGCAACCACCCUUCCUACAAAGUUACGACACAUAAGUACAAACUGAAUUUCAUGCAAUCAAGCAAAGUAUUCAAAGUUAAUGCGCCUGAUAUACCUCAAUAUCAUUUUGAUUUCAUACCUUUCUCUGAAAUUUUGAGUGCUACUAAAGAAGACAGGUUACUUGAUAUUAUUGGUCAUGUUGUGGAAACGAAUACUGUCAAUGAAGUUGAGAAAAAUGAAAAAAAGAGUGAGGUUAUGGAUCUGACUAUUGAAGAUUUAGAGAGCAACAAAAUUCAUUGCACAUUGUGGGAGGAUUUUGCAGAAAUGAUGCAGAAACUUAUGGACAACCAUAAAUCUUCUGAUCCAAUAAUCAUGAUACUUCAACAAUGCAAGCUAAAAAAGUUUUUUGGUGUUAUGGGAGUCUCUAAUGCUUACUAUGGAACUAAAAUGAUGUUGAAUGCGGGUUUGAUAGACACUGCUAAUUAUAUAUCUAAGAUGAAUGGUACUGAGAUAGAAAUCACACAAGGAGUGAGUCAAAUGUCUGGUCCAACAAUUCUCCCUCUAGAAGAUGACUUGCUCCAGACACAAAAAAUGACAAUUAAGAACUUGAUAGAAUCCGCUGAGAAAUGUGUUGGUACUAUUCUAGCAAGAACAUGUGAAAUUGAGACAGAUCUUGGAUGGUAUUAUCAAGCUUGCACCAAAGUGUGCAUCAAAGUAUGCUCCAAUUGA